GAGCUGGACUUUGGGUUGGCAGCGCAACGCACACCUCUCUUCAGUGUAUAUAUAGAGCCGCCAUUGGCGUAGGGUUGCUCACACACACUCAAGUCUGGCCUCUGACAGCAUCCAGUGUCUGAAAGAAUCUGUCAGCAACCAUGAAGGUGCUCGCGAUACUGGUGCUCGCUGUUUUCACAGGCUCCCAAGCCAACCUCUUCUACGCUGAUGAGCCCAAACCCCAGCUGGAGCAGCUGACUGAUGCAUUCUGGGACUAUGUUGCCCAGGCCACACGCACUGCUGAGGACACAGUGAAGAUGAUCAGAGAGUCUCAGCUGGGACAGGAAGUCAAUGCCAGAAUCACAGACAGCGCCAGCGUGGCCAGCGAGUACGCCGUCAACCUCCAGAACAGAAUGAGCCCCAUUGCUCAGGACAUCAUGACCAAAAUCACCAAGGAGGCUGAAGUUCUGAAGGAGCGUCUGGAGACCGACAUGACCACCGUCAGGGACAAGCUGGAGCCCUACGCCGACGACCUCAAGGCCCAGAUCCAGCAGAGAGUGGAGGAGCUCCGAGUGGCCGUCGCCCCCUACGCUGGAAACCUGGAUUCUGAAGCCCUGAAGGCCACCGUUCUUCAGAAGACCGAGGAGCUCAGAGGAACCCUGGAGGAGAGAGUGAAGGAGCUGCAGUCUCAGCUGGGGCCCUACACCGACGAGCUGAGGCAGAAAGUCGACCAGCAUCUGCAGGAGUUCCAGAAGACCGUGACCCCCCUGGCCGAGGAUCUUCAGACCCAGGUCGCCCAGAGAGCCGAGAUGGUCCAGCAGAGUCUGGCUCCCUACGCUGAGGACCUGAGGGAGAAACUGGACCCCUACGCCCAGAACCUGAAGGACCAGCUCGCCACUCUGUACGAGUCCUUCAGCAAGACCAGCUAAAAAAAAAAAACACUGACAAAAACCUGAAAUUUCCAAUUUUCCCACUCCAAUACUCCAAUGACUGAUAGCUGCUUUGCUUUGCUGCCUCCUCUGCAUGUAUUGUAGAAUAUGCCAUCAUUUCCACUGUAACUGUCAUUUCCAGACUAGGCCAUGUUGUGCAAUGAACACAAUUAAAGGUGUGUUGUAACAUA